AUGGAUCAACUGUUGGAUCGUAUUGCACUCUUGCAAGAUAUCUGUCGAAAGGACAAUAUCAUCAUUUCUCAAUAUGAAAAACAGCUUGCCAGUCAGUCAAACCAUAUUGCUUAUUUGGAAUCCCGACUGCGUUCUUACUCGAGCACUCCUCACUCGUCGUCUGCAACAACAGAGCAUAUCAAUAACAAUCCGCAUCAUACAUACCGUCCUUCGCCUACAGUCUCUAAUACUGAAAAUCGUAUACAGACUCAUCAGCUGUAUAAUUACUCAUAUUAUGGUCAAAAACCGCCGAAUCCAUUUACUCCAGUUGGCGCUGCUGGCCCAGCUGAUGUUCAUGUUAUUCCACAAACUGCUCCUUGGAAUCAGUCUGCUCCUCCUGCAAACUAUAACCCAUCGUAUUCCAACUCCAAUUCAGCUACUCCUUGUCUUUCUAAAACUUUAAACCAUCCUUUUACUUCAUCCAGGACUUCUUAUCCGCCAACUAAUACCAAUCGUGAUUAUAGAGAGCUUCCUACCUUUGAACCAGCUGCUACCCCAAUUCAUCAGUCUAGCGUUCCAAAUGAUGUUGGUUCUACUUCAGAACCUCAUAUAGUUCAAUCAGAAGGAAUUCCGACAGAGUCUAACGCUCCAGCUUAUACCAAGGCCUCUGAUACGGUUCCAGCUGAAACAUUCGGGGUUGAAUCUGUUACUAGUCUUGCGCCAACCAAUCUGAAACCUGUGUUGCCUACUGCUCAACUUUUAAAAACAGUUACUGACUCGGGAGUUUCAAUUCAGCAUGAAAGUACACCCAUAUCUACUGAGUCGGUUCAAGCGACUCAUGACACUCCUCCAGCUGUAGUCGAGACUGAGCAAUUGGAAAACAAUUCCAUGGAAGAUGUUCAGGAAACCACAACACAACUCAUCUCUACAGAUUGUCCUACUGUAACUACAGCUGCUCUGGAGAGCAACACAGUUGCUGCUAGUCCAUCAAUCGAUCACUUGGAACAUUCUACAGCUGUCCUAGAUCCACCUCUUACUAUCGAACCAGUUAUUGAGGAAACUCCCGUUCAGUCUAAAUUGCCUUUAGAAGAGCCCAUUGUUGAAAAAUUGGUCCAAAUUCAAAAACCUGAAACAGAAACUUUAAUCGAGUCUUCUAAUAAGGUGGUUGAACACCCUGAAGUGGAACCCAUAGAUCAUGAUUUAAAUGAUAAUCAUACAAGCCCUGUAUUGGAUGCUUUGCCCAUCACUCAAGGCAUUGAUAAGGAGAUUGUAUCUGAUGUGACUAAUUCAAAGUCCUUGAAUGAUUCUAAACCCCUGACUAAUGCUUCCAUCGAAUCGGAUAUGCCUGUUGAAAACGUUGAAAAAGAACCUAUUGAAAAUACUGAUCUUGAAAACACAAUACCAACUGCAGAUGAGCCAUCCUCUAUUGCACCUGUAGUAAACACAUCGCCAGCGCAGUCUUCUGAUAACGACUUUUGUCUUGAUGCUUCUGAAAAUAAACUCAUCAGCUGGACAACUGUCAUUCGCAAAUCGCAUCCUGGAUCUUUAUCUCACAUGCGGCCGUCAACUCGCGAUGUCAUCCGCAGUGCAAUUCGUGAUUUUUUAACAAGUAUCAUCGGUUCCAAAAACACAGCGUUGUGUAUCGUAUUUGAUAAAAGUAAUCGAAGUGAGCCCGCUAUUCCAGAAAUUAUGCUCCCUGCAUUUUUGAUUUGGUUUAACAACCUGCUCGAUAAUGGGUUGUUGGAGAAUAAUCGUAAAUCAAAAUCAAAAAAAAGUAUCGAAAACCAAUCUGGUUUGCCAGCAACACCGGCAAAAGCAAUCGAUACUAAACUGUUUUUCAAUGAAACAAGCGAUACGAUUGAAGACGGAAGCGUUGACCAGGUGGAAACUGCCGUCGAGACAAAACACACUAUAGAAGCCAAAGACAAUGAUAUAUUUGAUGCCAAAGCAGCAGGUACGGAAGCAAUCAAAUUUGUGAGCAAUGUAAAAGCCGAUGGUUUGGAUGAAUCCACUAUACAGAAUGACCAAAUGGAAUGUGAAGAGGAAUCCAACACUUUGAGUAACUCUGCGACAGAUUGCUGGUGUGCAUGGGUCGAUAUCAUUCGACAAAAAUAUCCCCAGUUUAUUGCCAAGGACAAUGCUUGGGCCGAGUUUUCAACACUUUUUUCCAAUCGGAAUCAUCUAGGCAAUGUCAUGGUCAAGAGCUUGUUUGGAUCACAAAAAUUCACAUACCAGGGAAUUCCACCUGAAAUACAAGUUCAAUUCUUGACUGAAUUCGAGUCGGCUUUUGUUCGUAAAAAGACCGAGGUCUUUACUCCCGCUAAAAAAGACAGUGUUAUUCUUCCUAUAUACCGUGCAUGGCCUACUCCUACUCAUGAGCAGAAAGCGCUUGCAUUCCAACACAACAUGGUGAUAUGGAGGAGUACUCUGGAAAGAGUCAGGGGCAACUUAUUUGAUGGGAUCAAUAAUGUACCGCCCUUGGCCAUCACACGCAUCAUUCAUGCAGCACAAGAGUUUAUUUCAAACCUCAAAACUGACAAAGAAAGUGCCGAAAUCUUAAAAUGUGGACACUUUAUCCCAAGACAUUGCAUUAAUAGAUUUUCCCACUGGCUAAAAUCGACUGGCUGUUAUACCGGAGAACUUAGCAGCACUAUUAGCGCUUCAAUUACCAGCAACACUUUUGGUUUAAUCAAAACUAUGCCUGCCCAGGUUGAUGAAAAUACAGAAACUCCCGAGAAAUCUGCUAAUGGUGCGGCACCAAGUACUUCUUCUCACACACCCACUACUGCAUCUCUAGUAUUCACACCUACUAAACCAAGUAUUAGUAAAACUACACUUGCAAAGCGUCGUGCCGCUGAAUCGAAAUCCGCACCCUCUUCAAAGUAUGCCAAAAUCUUGGAGUUGGAUUCUUCUGCAACGAAUGAUGCAUCUAGUCAAGAUUAUGCUCUACCAUCAGAUAACGUCAGCUCUGCAUUCAUAAAAAGUGGUCCGACUGAUGAUUACACAUUCACAAAUCAUAGUAGCGGCGAUGACACCAAACCAAUUAAAAGUGAGAUGCUUUUUUCAUCAGCCAAGACAUUGUCGCAACCUAGAAGGUCCAUGCGUCGCGAAAAAAGUGUGCCAUCUACUCAACCUCGCUCCAAUGACACCCUUCUCAAUACUCCUGUAGCAGGAUCACUCAGAAAAAAUAUAAAGAGUCAAUCAGCCGACUUGAUCCAGCUCAAGCUUGAAGCAAGUCCAAGUGUUGAAUCGAAAGGCGAAUACACACAAUCCAAUUCAGAUACGGCUGCUACUUUAACUGAUGCUGGCUUCUCUGCAUUUAAAAUGAAGGAUAAACAUGCAUCAUCAAAGACGCAGGAUGAUCAAAAGAAAACUGUUGACCAAGGGGCUUUGACACCUGUAUCACGCCGUGUUUUAUCCACCAAUACACCUGAUCUGUGCAGUCCAAAUUACAGCGAAGCAUCAAGUAUGGUCAAUAAUAAUAUCCCUCAAAUCGUGCAUAUUGAUGGCAAGAGUCUCCGUAUCUCUCGAUACAAUCACGUACUUAAAUCCAUGGUGCCAAUCUACAACACUCUUCCCAAAAACAAAAGAGUGGAGAUGAAGCGGGCAGUUAAAAAAUAUUUAACAGAGAGUCUUGGUGAAAACUUUGAGCAAUGUGUGUUGCGCACCCUUCGUGAUGGACCAGGCUCUGGUAUACAUCAUACUUAUGGUGUUCCAGAAACUAUUGAACCCGAAUUUCGUAAAUGGAGUGCAACAACCAUGACACGUAUCUUUGGGUCAUGGUUGGGUUCGUCUAUAACUAUCUAAACUAUUUUUAAGCAUGGGUUUAUCUAUUUUGAUAAGUUGUAGACUUUUCCAGAAUAAAUCAAUAUGGUAUGCUUGGUCCGAUU